AAAAUUCUUUGAAGUGACCAACUAGUAGCCACACUCAAAUCCAUUCCCCAUUCCUCCCUAAAACUCCCUCACUCUCAAAAACCCUCGAGACUGAAUGGCCUCUCACCACCACAACCACCACCACCACCACCGCCGUCACCAGUCUCCUCCACCACCUCCUCCUCCAACCCAUUGCUUCUGCACCCCUUCCUACACAUGCUGCACCCCCCAAAACCCCCAUCUUUCUCCACAACACGACCACCUCGUACAAUCCAUUUACUCCCUCAUCCUUUCCCAACAACACAACAACCUCGUACACGACCACCUUCGUCCCACUCAAAUCCACCAUGACAACCUCGUACACCCCAAAUCACACACUCUUCAAAAUAUCAAACACCAAUCCACAAUCUCAUCUCUCCUUCACCGCAUUGAAUCCCUUGAAUCCUCUCUCAAUCAUCAUCAUCACACCCAUCAAUCUCUCCGCCAUUCCGCAGCAACCAUUAUCCAAACCCAUUUCCGUUCCUUUCUUGUUCGUAGAUCAAGAACCCUAAGAAACCUCAAACACCUUGCAUCUAUCAAAUCCUCUUUCAUUUCUCUCCAAUCCUCCUUUUCAACACAUACCCAUUUCGAUUUUCCACCUCUUUCUCUCAAAGCUGUCAACUUGCUCCUUCAACUUGAUUCCAUUCAGGAUUGUGAUAAAAUGAUUGUGGAUGGGAAAAGGUCGAUUAGUAGAGAUUUAGUUCAGUUUUUGGACUCGAUCGAAGAGGUUGCGGCGAAAAAACAUAUACUACAUGUUAAAGCAGUGAAGAGUUCUAGACCUGGUCAGAAAAUUCAGAGACAGAGAAAUUCAGACGGUGAUGAUGAGAAGGGGAAGCUGUUGAAGAAUUUGAGGGGUAGGGUUGAGAAGAUUAGUAAAUUGUGUAAGGUUUAUGAAAAUGAUGAAGAACGUUUAGAGAACGAGGAGGGUGUUCACGAAGAUUGUGAUGAUGAUUAUGAUGACGAUGGAGAUGAAGUAUCCGGUGUUUUGAUCGGUAGAAGGGGUAGGAACAGAAACGGGUUAUUUGUUAAAAGGCAAGAAAUUCAACCUAGAAAGAAGAAAAGUGUGAGAUUUGUAGAGAAUGGUAAGAAUUGCGAGGUUUAUAGCACUAGAACUGGUGAAUCGGAUGGUAGUUCAUCGAAUGACGAACAUGGUGAGGUAUUGGAGAUGACGAAUGGAAAGUUUGCGGUUGUAGAUGUUGUGGACUCUUCUCGAGGUGGUGAAGAUGACGAGGACGUGCUGGUGGAGGACAGUGGAGGAUCGAGUGAUGACGGAGAUUUAGUGAAAGAGAAGCUUCUGUUUUCUCCUCCGUUGCCGCUUAAGAUGGAAAACAGAAGUGAUUCGAAGAGUAAAGGCGUGAAAAUUUUGUCGUGAAAUGUCGUAAGAUGCAAGGCUUUGGUUAUGUUUUGAUUUGUAAUGUUUGAUUGUAUUCUAGAAUAGUUUGAUUUGGACUUAGAUUGUUUGGUAGAGUUCAUUUGUGUGUGUCUAAUUGAUCUUUGGUUCUGUAAAUGGAUUUGUAAUGUUCCACUUCAAUUGUUGUUUAUCACUUUCAGAUUAUCAUCCUA